AUGAAGCAGACCAACUUGAAAAACGUCUUCUCUCCUGAUAUAGCUAGGCCAUCAGUUGCCCAAGCUGGGCCAUCUGUGCCAUUGUUGAAAGGAACUACAGCAAUGGACCCAUUGAAGACUAUUCUGGCAUUAUUUCUGAUCUUAUCUGGAUCUUUUGAGUCUGCUGCAGCAGGUUUGGCCUGUUACACAUGUUCAGAUGGAUGUGAUCAUCCACGUGAGCCAGGAAUGGGGGUCAUGACAGAGCACUGUGACUUGGAGAAAGACCAGGCACCCAUUUGUGCAUCUUUCUUUGACCCUGAGAAUCGCCAUUACAAUUAUGGCAGAGGCUGUGUUAGAAUGUCUGACAGGCCUCAAGAAUUCCAAGAGAGUGAGUGUGUCAUCAUGGAUGUGGCUGAUUUCUGGAAUCCAAAUGGACCCAAGAGGAAGACAUGUGAACAUCUUUGUGACGGCUAUGUUUGCGACGAUGAGUUUGUCUCAAGCGAACUGAACAGGAAACACCCUAUGGAUUGGGAAGACUCCAACGGAUUCGAAUCUCUGAAAGAAGGAGAUUUACUGGGAUUGAGUUCAGGUACUCGACUGAGCUUUGAAAACCCGAAUUACUUCCUGUCGCAAGUCACCGCCCGUCUGAACGACACACUCAAUUCCAACGGAGCUGGUCCUACUUCAGAAACUGUCAAACCGCGUCGAAGACGAUCCAUGUCAGCAGAAGAUUCAUCCAGUGAAGAUGACGAGCCUAAUGCGGAUGAUGCCCUUUUAAUGCGGAAUUCGAAUUCGUCUUUGGAAGAGGAAAUCGAUGCCACUUCGUCGCUGACUGCGAAUCACGCCAAGAGGAAUCCGAGGGUCGAAGGUCCGAAUCGCACCCGUAGGUCCGAGAAAGAUCUCAAACCGAUGGAAACAGAAAGUGAUGACUUUCCGGAAGUCGAACCCGUCUCAUCCGCUCUGUGGGAAGCUUCUAAGCUUUCAUCGACAUCAGGAAAGGAUUUACCGUAUGGUUGGGAGGAAAGACGCAAUCCUCGAAUGGGGCUAUAUUAUUAUCACACCGGAACUGGAAUCUCGCAGAAAGAACGCCCGAGACCCGUUCAAAUGCGCUCGAGAGCACCGUUUGCUCCACACAGGCCCUUGUCAAUGAAUAUGGAACGCAUUUCGGAAGAGAAGUUUCGGCGUUCGUUGACGAGCAGUGCGACUUUGUCAGACUUGGCAGGCACUUGUUCGUCUGACAAAUGGAAGCGAAACAGUCUUCCAGCGAGUGCGAUGGAGAAAUUAUCUCCUUGUCGAUUUGUGGUGAGGAACUUGGGUUCCUUGGAGAUUCCCGAGGAAGAACUGACGCCGGACAAGAGCAGCAAAGCCGUGAAUCGAUGCAUCAUUGGAUUAUCUGGGGGUUCGGAGACGUCUGAGCAAAUUGCGAAUGGUGAUGAGCUGUAUUUGGACUUGGAUGACAGCUGUUUGAAGCUGGUGCACGUGUCAAAAGGUGAUGUCCUUGUCUCUCAACCAAUACACACAAUCCGAGUUUGGGGAGUUGGACGUGAUAAUGGCAGGUCGCAACAGAAAAUGUGGCUCGUGAAUAUUCGUGGUGAUUUCGCGUACGUGGCCAAGAACAAGCCGAGUCGGAAGUACAUGUGCCACGUUUUCCGAUGCGACGGACCCGCGCGGGUGAUUGCCAACAGUCUCCGAGACAUUUGCAAGCGGAUCAUGAUGCAAAGGAACACGGCCGGGGGUUCCAGUUGUUCCAUCAACUCAUCGUCGCAGGCCUCGUCGUCGGAACCCGAAGUGCACGUGCCGGUGGUUUGUCGACCCACGUCGUUGCCCGUGGACAGGAUGCCCAGCAGUCGGAACGCAGCGCAAAUUGCGUCUCUCCUGCAAACAUUCCCUACACCGAUGGACGAGCCAAGGAAAAUCAUCCAAGCCGUUUACGUGGGAUCCCAGGAGGUGAACAAGUCCUCUGGCAUGGACGUGUUGCACGGUGCUAUCGAUUAUCUCACUUCUUCGAUUCCGAUGGACCAGUGGGCUCCAGUCAACAUAGCGGUGGCGCCAUCUACCAUCACUGUUUCAUCCCAGGAGGGCGAUGGAAGAAACCGCGUGGAUUUCGAAUGCCGUGUCCGCUUCCUGUCCUUCCUGGGCAUCGGGAAGAAUAUCAUUUACUGUGGAAUCAUUGUGCAUACAGCUCAGGAGAAAUUUAUAGCCCAUGUAUUUUCCUGCGAACCAUCUUCAGCUGGGCUGUGUCGCACAGUUGAAGCUGCUUGCAAAUUGCGAUACCAGAAGUGUAUGGACGCACAUGGACCAAGGAAGACGAAGCCGAGUUCUGGUCCGACUUCGUCAAAAUCCAGCGCGGAAUCGACGGAAUCCAGCAAAACAUUCAAAUCCACUCUGAAAUCCAUGUUUGGUUCUUUGGCGAAUGUGACAACGAAACGCAUGAAAUCCCUGGAAUGCUGAAGCAAAGCCAAAACAACAUGCAAAUGUUGUUCUCCUCGUCUUCUUCUUCUUCUUCUGGUUGGAGCAGAGAUGGCAGGAAAAAAAGGAAGGACGAAAGAACGAAACGACCCCGUUUUUUGUGUGUUUGUUUUUGCUUCACCAUUGCUAUUUUAGUGACUUGAUGAAUCCUGGUCAUGAGCAGUAUCAACAAUUUAGCGAUCGUCCUCCUUAUUUUUUUCGCGUUUUUAUCCUGUGAUUGUGCGGCAUCAUUAUAGUUGUAGCAUUUUUUUUUUUUUUUUGGAAAAGAGGAGAUGCUGAGAUGAAGCUGUAAGUUGUGUUCACUGUGAAACAUUUGUCAUUCCCCCAAUCUGAUGCUACUUUUGUUCUGCUUUGUUUCGUUUGUAUCGAAGACAGGCACUUGGGAAGAUAUCAUAAAGACUCUCCUUGUUUUACUCAA